AUGUUUCCGGAAUGCUCCGAGGAGGUUCGGGAGAGUAUCCUCGCCCGGAUCGCUGCUGCCCUUCCCGGUCCGGCGGCCUUCAACGGCGCCAUCCCGCAGUUUGACGCGGCCUCGGGUGAGCCGCUGCGCCUGCCGCGGCGGACUUACCUCCGCCACAUCUACUCCUGGGCCUCCGCUGCUGAUGCUCGCACCUUCCGCGGGCUGUUUGCGAACCCCUUCCUGGUGCGGAUUCACAACAGCCGCCCGAUCGAAGUCGAGAUCUACAUCGAUCCUUUCCCUGACUUCUCGGCUGCCAAAGCCCGCGGGGAUACGCAUGUGGUGGUGCGGAACGUGCCGCUCGGCGUCUUGGCUGAGGACCUGCGCGCCUCCUUGCUUUCCGGCCAAACCGAGGACAAGCUGCCCUGGCUGGCGGACCUCCUGCACUUUCACCGGCUCAAAGACCCCUAUGACGGCUCGGCGUACUCGCAGAUGCUCGGCCUCCCUGUCGCGGCGGAGGGCGACCCUUCCUUCGAGCGAAUCUCGGCUAUCCUCUGGAUUCCGGACCAGGUGGAACCUGCCUUCCUCAACAUUUCCAGCCAUUCGUGUUCCCUGUGCUCAAGCAACCAUCGGCUCGCUGACCACGCCUGCUUCGCCAUCACCCGACGCAACCGUGUCGCCAACAGGCAGUCCAUCACCAUGUCCGCUCUCCAGGCGGUUAACGGGAAGCUCCUUGGCCAGAACGCUGCUACGGCUGCCUUCAAACAAGAUCCCGGCCUGCUCCUCAUUGGGCUGGAUCUCGAUGUGGAGGUUUGGGCCUGCUCGGUCUGCGACUUCGAGUGUGGCAUCGCGCUCGACAGCGCGAUGUUCCACAUCAACUCCGACUCCCACCGCACCAAGCUGCAGGACCCUGCUCACCUGAACGCCACCAAGGACAAGUACGGGGCCUGGAAGGCCGAAGCCGUGGUGAAGCAUCACCGUAUCAAGGCUCUAUUGCAGUAG